CUCGGUGUACUCAGGAGUUUGUACAGAGAUCUUCAAAAGAGAGUGUGUGAUCUUCCAGAAACCAGUCUACUGCUUUGUUCAUCUGAGCAUUCAGGAGUUUCUGGCUGCAGUCUACAUGUUCCACUGUCACACCAACAGGAAGACGGAGGUGGUAGAAGGUUUUCUAGGGAAUUUCCGAGAAGAAUACAAAAACAGAUCUUCCAGGUCUUAUAGGAUGGAUGUCUUAUAUGGAUCUUAUAUGGAUGUCUUUUUGACUAAAGUCAUGAGAAAAUCCCUCCAGAGUAAAAAUGGCCACCUGGACCUGUUUGUUCGCUUCCUUCAUGGCCUCUGUCUGGAGUCCAACCAGAGACUCUUAGUAGGUCUGCUGGGUCAGACAGAGAACAGUCUAGAAACCAUCCAGAGAGUCAUCAACAACCUGAAGAAGAUGAACAGUGAUAAAAUCUCUCCUGACAGAAGCAUCAACAUCUUCCACUGUCUGAUGGAGAUGAACCACCUCUCAUUAUUUCAGGAGAUCCAAGAGUUGCUGAAGUCAGAGAACAGAUCAGAGAAGAAACUCUCUGAGAUCCAGUGCUCAGCUCUGGCCUUCAUGCUGCAGAUGUCAGAGGAGGUUCUGGAUGAGUUGGACCUGCAGAAGUACAACACAUCAGAGCGGGGACGACAGAGACUGAUUCCAGCUGUGAGGAACUGCAGAAAGGCUGGACUGACUGACUGUGGACUCUCAGAGUCUCACUGUGAAGUUGUGGCCUCAGCUCUGAAGUCCAACCCCUCCCAUCUAACAGAGCUGCACAUGAGUAGAAACUACAACCUCCAGGAUUCCGCAGUGAAGCUUCUGUGUGCUGGACUGGAGAGUCCAAACUGUCGACUGGAGACUCUGAGAUUGAGCGACUGUGGUUUGUCAAAGUUCAGCUGUGAUUAUCUGGCAGCAGCGCUGAAGUCCAACCCCUCCCAUCUGAGAGAGCUGGACCUGAGCUGGAACAAGCUGCAGGAUUCCGGAGUGAAGCAUCUGUGUGGUUUCCUGGAGAGUCCAGGAUGUGGACUUGAAACUCUGAGAUUGAUGAGCUGUGGUUUGUCAGAGAUCAGCUGUGAUUAUCUGGCAGCAGCACUGAAGUCCAACCCCUCCCAUCUGAGACAUCUGGACCUGAGCUGGAACAAGCUGCAGGAUUCAGGAGUGAAGCAUCUGUGUGGUUUCCUGGAGAGUCCAGGAUGUGGACUUGAAACUCUGAGAUUGAUGAGCUGCGAUUUGUCAGAGAUCAGCUGUGAUUAUCUGGCAGCAGCACUGAAGUCCAACCCCUCCCAUCUGAGAGAGCUGGACCUGAGCUGGAACAAGCUGCAGGAUUCCGGAGUGAAGCAUCUGUGUGGUUUCCUGGAGAGUCCAGGAUGUGGACUUGAAACUCUGAGAUUGAGGGACUGUGGUUUGUCAAAGAUCAGCUGUGAUUAUCUGGCAGCAGCACUGAAGUUCAACCCCUCCCAUCUGAGACAGCUGGACCUGAGCUGGAACAAGCUGCAGGAUUCCGGAGUGAAGCAUCUGUGUGGUUUCCUGGAGAGUCCAGGAUGUGGACUUGAAACUCUGAGGGUUGAUGACAAGACUUUUGAAUCUUCCAUAGACAAAACCAUGAGUGAGAAGGCUGCAGCUGAAGAAGAUGGUGACUCUGAGGUCAGACUGAAUCCAGACUCAUUAGACACACAGCUUGAUUUGUCUAAGGAUGACAUAAAGCACAAGCCUCCAUCAAGCUUCACCCCUCAAGUACAAACUGAAUCCACACACAUCUCCUACAGGUUCAGGUGUCCUGGUCCAGGUGUGUUCCAGUGUACUCUGACCAGACUAGUGUUUGUUAUGGCUCAGGAGGCGGAGCUGUUGUACAGGACUGUCCAAUGGGAUGAGAGCCUCCUUCAAUCAGCUGGAAAAACAGCUGCAGGGCCGCUGUUUAACAUCACAUGCUCUGAGGAUGCAGUCUGGGAGCUCCACCUGCCACACUGUGAAACAAAGGAGGCGCUGUGUGUUGAUGGCCUGCUGUCUGUUGCCCACAUCUCUGAUGAUGGGAUGAGCAUCUUGGAGCCGCUGGAGAUCACUGCCACCCAUGUGGUUGUGAAGGUUCCUCACCUCUCUGGGUGGGGCCUCAUCUGGGAUGAUUUUAAGCGGCUCCUGAACAUAACAGUAAAUGGCCAAGUUCUGCUGUUCUUCCGACCUUCAGAGACAGAACCUGCAAGAAUCAACGUGUUUCUACUCCAGGAAAAUAUCCCAUUGUCAGAGGUGUCUGCCCAACAACACGAUGAUGCUAAAUACAUCCAGACCCCUGCUGACUGUCUUUUCAGCUUCAGUCAAAGGUACAGUGUCCACUGUGACCCUGAGAGCAGGAUAAUACAGCCGAAGCAAACACAGUUUCACUCAAAGUCUGGCCCAAAUUACCAUCCAACAUUUCAAGUUUUCCUGAGUACAAAUUCAGGGUUUGUGACUCUGAUGGUCAAAGACCAAGAGGGGAAUGAAAUCUGGAAAUCAUCUGUUUGCCUGCCAGCACCAAGAACAGAAACCUUAAUGAGAAAUGUCCCAGCUGAGUCCGGAGUCCCGGCAGACGAGAGGCUGCUCACAGUUUACUCACAGUUUAUUGACAGAGUGUCUGAACCUGUUUUAAAAAAACUUCUGGAUAAACUCCUGGAGCAGCAUGUUAUCAAUGAUCAGGAGAUGGAAUCAGUAAGAUCACAGCAGAGCAGAGCAGAUAAAGCACGAGACGUUAUUGACACAGUGCGACGAAAAGGAAGUAAAGCCAGCUCACUUCUGAUCGAUGCUCUCUGUGAGGAGGAUCCAUGCCUUUUCACGGAGCUGAACUUAAUGUGAAUGAACACAGAUUU